AUGGGGUUUUCCUCACCAGAAGCAUUUAGUGGUAGAACUAGCUAUUCCAUGGACACCCAGCCCCUUGAGCUGGAGGACAGGGAGGUGGGGCAGGGUGUGACCUUCAUAAUGCAAGAGGGAAUGGUCAGUGACCUGGUACACCACUUAAACAUCCACACAUCUAUGGGGCCAGAUGAAUUCCACCUGGGAGUACUGAAGCAGUUGACAGAUGUACUUGCGAAGCCUUUUGCCAUCAUUUACCAGCCAUUCAGGCUAACUGGGGAGGUCCUAGUGGACUGGAGGGUAGCAAACGUGAUACCCAUCUACAAGAAAGGCCAAACGGAAGAUCCAGGGAACUACAGACCUGUCAGUCUGACUGCAGUACCACGGAAGGUCAUGGAGCAGAAUGUCUCAAAUGUCAUUAUGCACCACAUUCAGGUGGUCAGUCCCAGUCAGGAUGGGCUCAUGAAAGGCAGAUCCUGCCUGAUGAACCUGAUCGCCUCCUAUGACAAGAUGGCCUGCCUGGUGGAUGAGGCUGCGAAUGUUGUCUACCUAAACAUCUGUAAGGCCUUUGACACUGUUUCCCACAGCAUCCUCAUGAAAAAAAUGUCUGCUUAAGGCUUAGAUGGGUGUAGGCUCUGCUGGGUAAAACACUGGCUGGAUGGCAGGGCAGUGAGUGGAACUGAAUCCAGCUGGCAGCCAGUCACAAGUGGUGUUCCUCAGGGCUCAGGAUUGGGAUACAGAGCGCACCAUCGCCAAACACCACCUGAGAAGGGGUGGAUUGUGGAUGGGUUUCCAAUGACAAUUAAUCAGGCAAAGAUGUUUGAAAAAGCCUAUACAGGGAUUGAUCCAGAAGCAAAAGACGUAAAUUCUGGAAAGCUUUCACUUGUUACAGAUCCCAGAGCUACUAAGAAGCCUCCUAUCACCUUGCCAGCAUUUGAUGUUUCUGUAUUAUUGGAUAUUUCAGACACUGCGGUACUGCAACGUGUGGCUAACUUGAAAU